AUGGCGAUCAACACCCAAAGUAAUCUUGUGGUCUCCAAAAUAGCCAUUAUUGGCGCUGGUGUAAGUGGUUUAGCUGCGGCUAAACAGCUACGUCACCAUGAUCCGAUAGUGUUUGAAGCCACGGACUCCAUUGGAGGAGUCUGGAAAGGCUGUUCUUACCACUCCACCAAGCUUCAGUCGGCUCGUUCUGAUUACGAGUUCACUGAUUUUCCUUGGCCUAACAGAAGUAGUCCUGAUUUUCCUUCUCAUAUAGAGGUGCUGGAUUACCUCGAAUCUUACGCAAAACACUUUGAUUUGUUAAAGUGUGUGAGGUUCAAUUCAAAAGUGGUGGCUAUCCGCUUCAUCGCUGCCUCACGAACCGCUGAUUUUGAUGGAGAAUAUGACACCCCUUUGCCGGAUCAUCCUGUUUGGGAGGUUGCUGUGCAAACUAACAAUUCAGAUUCCAUUCAGUGGUACGGAUUCGAGUUUGUGGUUGUUUGUCCGGGGAAGUAUGGCGACAUACCAAGAAUUCCAACUUUCCCAGAGAACAUAGGGCCUGAGAAAUUUGAGGGGGAGGUGUUGCAUUGCCUUGAUUACUGUAAGCUGGACAAGGAAGCUGCUACUCAGCUGCUCAGGGGCAGAAGGGUUGUUGUUGUUGGCUACAAGAAAUCGGCUAUAGAUUUAGCUUUGGAAUGUGCUGAGGCAAAUCAAGGAGCGGACGGACAACCAUGCACGGUGUUGGUAAGGACAAUACACUGGACAGUCCCCCAUUACAUGAGGCGUGGAGUUUCAAAGUUUAUUGAGUCCUACUUGCUUUGGAAGCUUCCUUUGCUCAAAUAUGGACUUAAACCGGAUCACCCAUUUGAGGAAGACUAUGCUUCUUGCCAGAUGGCUAUCAUGCCUGAAAAUUUCUUCUCUGAGGCUGAUAAGGGAAAAAUUGUGUUCAAAAGGACAUCAAAAUGGUGGUUUUGGGAGGGUGGCAUUGAGUUUGAAGACAAUACUAAAUUGGAGGCCGAUGUGGUGAUUUUUGCCACUGGUUAUGAUGGAAAGAAAAAGCUGAAAGCUAUUUUACCAGAGCCCUUUUGUAGCUUAUUAGAAUAUCCUUCUGGUAUUAUACCCUUAUACAGGGGCACCAUCCAUCCAUUGAUACCGAACAUGGGUUUUGUGGGUUACAUUGAAAGUGUGUCAAAUCUUCACACUGCUGAACUAAGGAGCAUAUGGCUGGCUCGAUUGAUUGACAGCAAAUUCAAGCUCCCCAGUGUGGAGAAGAUGUUUGAACAAAUAUCUAAAGAGAUGGAAGUCACAAAGCAGUCCACCAGGUUCUACAAGAGGCACUGUAUCUCCACUUUCAGCAUCAAUCACAGUGAUGAAAUCUGUCAAGAAAUGGGGUGGAAUCCUUGGAGGAAGAAGAAUUGGUUUUCAGAAGCAUUUAGCCCUUAUGGCAGUCAGGACUAUGUGCUGGAAAAAUAGAGCUCUAACAA